AUGCACCCUUCUUCUCCUACUUCUUCUUCUUUUGGCAGAAGGCUUCAUCCUUCUCGCCUCCAGCUCCUUUCUAAACAUCGCCCACAUCCUCUGAAGUCAUGCCUCGCCGCCUCGGACUCUGACCGGGACUCCACCCCCUCUGAAGAGCUUCGCGUCCGGAAGACUGUACACUUCCCCGAGGACAAACUCUUCCUAGAGCGGGUCAGGACAAUCCCGGCUCGCAAGGAUCGGUACCAGAAGACCAUCUUCAAAAAAGGUCAAGUUGCGGAGACGAAGUCGUUCCUCUUGUACACUUCGAAUACCUCAGGCUCGAACCAGCGGUUCCUCUCCAAGCUUCCUGGAAGCGAUGGACCUCGGUACGAACGCCAUUCCCAGUGGAUGAGCGUUGUUCGUGCCCGCCAACUCGCCGCUGCGUAUUCCUCUCAACCCCGUUCUCCGCAAUCUGCACCUUCCUCCGAUGGGUCCCCCUUCGACAUGGCUUCCCUGAAGGACACCCUGCCUGAGCCUGCCCCCAGUGGCUCACCGCAUGGGUCUGCCUUCGACAUGUUCUCUUUGACCGAUGCCUUGCCGGACCCAAAUGACACCUUCGACAUGCGCUCGCUGAUGGAUGCCCUGCCUGAGCCUGAUGGUUCACCACGCGGGUUUGCCUCCGACAUGUCCUCCCUGAAGCGUGCACUUCCCGACCCUGAUACUCCCUCUGAAGUAUCGUCCCUUGCACUUGCGCCCAAGUAUGUGGUUGCUCCCCACUCCUACGAUCUACCUGCAGAGGUUCAUGUACGUGCGGUUCACACCCACGUUCAGGAUGGCCCCUUCGCCACCUGCUUCUACAACCUCUGUGGGCUCUGCCUUGUGUUGGGGUUCUGCUUCCCAUGCCUUGCACCAGCAUUAUAUGCUGCGCUUGUGCUCCUGACCAUUUAUGGGACGUGCUUUUGA